CACUCGCAAUAUACUUUAAAAUGGUUCGUCAUUGUCAUCAACGCUGGUUCAAGGCAAACCACGGCCUUGUUAUACCAAUGGAAUUUGGACUUGGAGGGCGAUUGUGUACGAGAAAUGGAAAGACUGUAUCACCCAAAUAUAUCAUUGGCGUCUUUUGAAGGGAACCUAACUGGUCUAACCAAUUUCAUGCAAGGUCUACUUACCGAAAUCGAACGUUGGGAUUUGUCUUCAAGUCACAUUCCCAUUUACUUCGGAGCCACGGCUGGCAUGAGGGCACUGAACGAAUCAAAUCCCGAUCAAGCAGAUGAGAUCCUGAAGCUGAUUAAACGUGUGAUCGAGGACAGUCCUUUUAAAGAGGGUAAAGUGGAAAUCCUAUCUGGAGAGGAAGAGGCCCACUACGGUUGGUUGACUGUAAAUCUUUUGGUAGGAGCCAUACCUGAAUCUCAGAGCUCAGAAUGUGGAAUGGAAUCAAUUCAAACCUCUGGAGCCAUGGAUAUGGGUGGGGGAUCUCUGGAAGUGGCUUUCGAGAGUGGGGAGGACAGUGAUGAAAGGUUACGUUUGUUCAAUCGAACCUUUCUCAUCCGGUCUGACAUGUCCAAUUGCUACGGAAUUAAUUGGGCCACAAGGCGAUUUUUAGCUUUGAAUGUUUUUCGCCAUUAUCAAGGUGGCAAUAACUUAAGUGGUGCCCUAAUUCCAAACCCAUGCGCAAAUGAGCAUUGUCAAGGAUUCCAGGAUUCGAAUCCUCUUGGCACCAACAAAAUGGAUAUUUUUGGCAAAAACGGUUUUUCCUGCACACAAUUUAGAGAUCGCGGGUUUUCGGCCGUGCUCGACCCCAUCCCCGACAACUUUACGUUCCAAUUCGAUGGUUUUUAUGACAAGCAAAAGUGUAACCAAGUUUUGGACCCUUUUACCAAUUACAGUGCAUGUCAGGAAAUAUUUGAACAAAAUUGCUUAAGCCACCCGUUGGAAUUUCCGUUAUCAAGCCAUACCUUCUACGCAAUGGCAGCAUUCUACUACGACUUUAGACGAUCUUUAGGCCUGGAGGAAUCGUCAGAUUACGCCACAGCCAUGGAUAAAAUAAGAGAGGUGUGCCAAGAACCACCUAGCUCUAAAACGUGCUCACAGACAGAUUGUUUUAAAGUGUCGUUCAUUAUGAAAAUCUUGACAGAUGGGCUCCAUUUCAGCCAAAGUACAUUCGGAAAUCUCAAAUUUGUGAAUCAAAUCGACAAAAUCGGGGUUUCAUGGACUCAUGGAUAUGCCUGCAUCCAUUCCGGAAGAUAAUGAUGUCGUAUACCCGGUGCGUCAUAAGGAACAAAACUUGUUCUACAUCCGGAAAUAAAUGAGUUAACGAGACAAAACAAAAAGAUGGACAGAAGUGCGUUCGGCGGAAAGUAAAAAAAAGUAUAUAAAAGCAGAACAUUUUGGCUGAUUAUGUUGGCACAUACCGGCAACCUAAAAG